AUGAAGUUUACAUCCUCUUUGGCUCUUGCAGCCUACGUUUCUUUUGCCGCCGCUGCUUCUGCUGAUACUGCCAAUACCGCUGCUGCUGCCGGGGCUGCUGCAACUGCAAAUACUGCUGGUGGUGCUGCUGCUGGAGGAGCAGGGAGUACUGGAGCUGCGGCUGGUACUGGAGAAGCUACUGGUACUGGAGUAGCUACUGGAGGAGCAACAGGUAAAGCUACGGACACUUCUACUGGCGCAGGUGCCGCUUCUGGAACCGGUGCUGUCUCUGGUGCUGAUGCUGCUUCUGGAGCCGGCGCUGAUGCUGCUUCUGGAGCCGGUGCUACCUCUGGUACUGGAGCUGCUUCCGCUGGUGGUGACAAUUCUGGUAUUCCACAAAUGGCUACACUUGGAUCUGGAAGUGGAGGUUCCGGCUCCGCUGACUCCGGAGCAGCCUCUGAGACCGGAUCAGGCUCUGGAUCAGGCUCUGGAUCUGGCGCUGGAUCUGGAUCUCAGUCUGCCAUCACCACUUUCCAAGGUGCUUCUGCGUCUGGAUCUUCAGCGAAAGCCUCCGGUUCUGGAGGCUCCAAUUCAGCCUCUGGCUCACCAAGCGGUGCUGCUGGUUCUAUCAAGAUUGGAAGUGGAGUCGCUGCCUUGAUGGUUGUUGGAAACUUGCUUCUUUAG